GUAAUAGAUGCAGAAGGGCAGAAAUCAGUGGCGUUAUUUCCAGCCAAAUUUCAAAAGUGUAUGUGGAUUAGACAAGGGAGCUUUGUUGUGGUGGAUGAUAGUGGGAAGGAGAAGGCCCUUGAAUCUGGCAGCAAGGUGGCAUGCCUGGUUUUGCAAGUUCUAUUUUAUGAGCAAGUUCAUGCACUUCGGAAAUCUACAGAGUGGCCAGAAAUUUUCAAAACAGCAGUCCCGAAUGAUUCGAAAUGCUAUAUGCAAACAGCCACCUCCAAUCCUGAAGAAUUGAAUUCAAGUGACAGUGAUGAUCUUGCCCCACUGGAGGGUAAUCUGAACAGAACCAGACCCAUUGAGUUGUAUUCAGAUUCAGAUUCAAAUUCAGAUGCAGAAUCUUAAACCAUAUGACCAGACCCAUUGAGUUGGAAAUUAUGAUUAUUUCUACUGGAAAUUGUGAGGAUAAUCAGUUAUUUCUAUCAGAUGGAUCUUCAUAUUUUAAGGCAGAAGUAUUUUCGACCAGUUCGAUAAAAGAAGUAUCCGAAGAUCUUUGGGUAUAUUUUGAAGUCUUUGUUGAAGGUAAACUUAAUUGGUUUUCUUCCUAUGUAAAUUCACAGGUUGUUCACAUAGGGCAAAGUUGAUAGGAACAUGUAUCUCUUUAUUUAAGGAGAAAGUUUUCAUUGGUUGCCAAUACCCUCCUAAUACAAUCCGGAGCCCGAAGGCCAGUUUCGAAUCUUU